AUGGAACAAUCUGUCCUUCCUUGCACUUCUCAGGAGUACUGGGAAGACCCAGCCAAUACUUCCAAUUGCAUUGCGCCUAAUUCGAGACAAAUUCUAAAGAUUGCAACUAAUUUGAAGUAUUUAAUUGAUGAGGUGAUUCCUAUUGCCUAUGACGAAAGUUCGAUCACUUGUGAGCAUUCCAGGAUCAUAAACGCCAAAGUUAUCAAGCUUGCUCGAGAAGCAUGUGGGGGUGAUCGAAAGAACCGGGACUCUGUGAAAAAGUAUGAGUCUGUGAUUGUUUUUGCGUUGUUGAAAGUGUGUGGAUGGUAUUGGGGUUUGGCAGAAUCUGAACUUCACAACUCAGAAGUUUACAAUGCAAGAGCGGUGGCUGCUCAACAAUUGUCUAAAUUAAUUAUCGAAGAAACUGAGCAGGAGGAUUACCACUACACGUUUAUGCAGUUGCUCUUACGCAGAUAUGUGAUCAAUGAAAAUGAAGUGGAUUCUGUUCCGACUUCUGCACUUGAACUAGCUAUGGAUAUGCACUGCACCAUUGUUAUUGGCUCAUCUGGCUACCAAAGGUGUUUGAAGUGGCUAUGGAGAGGGUGGAUUGUGCAAAAUAAAUACGACCCUGAAACCUUCACGCUUUGUUCCAUCGUUCCCCGCUGUGAACUGCGCAAGCAUUUUACCCCAGACAGGUUACGUGCUCCUGUAUACCAGAAUCUGCUUCAAAUCAUAUUUUCAUUGUUUUAUUUGAUGUUCUAUACUAUUGUCGUUAACCAAAAGGACUCUGUUAACGUCGAGCCCAUUGGAUUCUGGGAAUCAUGGUUUUACGUAUUUACGUUGGGGCACAUAAUCGAUGAGGUGGUAAAAUGCUACCACAUUGGGUGGGCAUAUCUUGGAUUCUGGAAUGUGUACCACGACUUCAUGUUUAGUAUAAUAGUGUGGUCCAUUGUGUUACGUAUCAUGAGCGUCUGCCCUUGGAAAACCAAUAUGCCAGCCGAACAUUGGGAUACUGUUUCCUACAGAAUUUUAUCCUGUGCCGCCCCAUUGGUUUGGUCACGACUAUUGUUAUACUUGGAAUCUGAAAGAUUUGUCGGGGCGUUGUUGGUUGUUUUGGCACACAUGAUGAGAGAAUCCAUUUACUUCUUCUUCUUAUUGAUUUUGGUAAUGAUAGGAUUCCUACAAGGUUUCCUUGGUCUAGAUUCUGCAGAUGGUAAAAGAGAGAUCACAUGGCCCAUUUUGACAAACCUUUUGACUACCAUCCUAGGCGGAGGUGGCUUUGAUAUGUUUGAGAAGUUUGCUCCACCAUAUGCAGCCGUAUUAUAUUACAGCUACUGCUUCAUUGUUACCAUUAUAUUAUUGAAUAUCUUGGUUGCCCUCUAUGCUAGUGCAUACCAAAAAGUCAUCGACAAUGCAACAGAUGAGUAUUUGGCGUUGAUGGCACAGAAAACACUAAGAUAUAUCAGAGCUCCAGAUGAAGAUGUAUAUGUGCCCCCAUUGAAUUUAAUCGAGAUAUGCAUAACUCCAGUAUUGUGGCUACUACCUAAACGUCAAGCAAGGGGAUUAUCAAAUAUUGUGAUGACUAUCAUUUACUCCCCUAUUUUAUGCUAUAUCGCAGUUGUGGAAACAGUACAAGCUCGUCGCAUCAUGUACAAUAGGCUCAACAAGCUACCAGAUGAUGCCAAUGAAGAUGAUGUGGCAUGGGAUUUAACUGAUGGUUUCCAAGAGGAAGACGUUAGCCUUCUAGACAGCAAUGUUGUUAAAAGCUUCAAAGUGACUAAAAGGAGGAACGAGAGGGCCCAGCAGAUCCAAAGAGAAGCUGAAAAUGUUGAUCCUCGUUUCGCAGUUAGGAAAGAAUGGUUCAAAGAGGUAAAGCAAGUUGUACAACCUGUUACUGAAGGCUUUGAAACUGGUAUUGGUUGGGAACACUAUCGGAUAUUUAAUGAGUUGACUGAAAGACAGGUAGAAUCUGAUAAAAAAAUCGACGAGCUCACAGAUAUGGUCAAUAACUUAACUAGUCUGAUCAAAGAAUUAAAAAUAAAGGAAGAUUGA